CUUACCAAUAAACAGGCAUGUCAUGCAAUGUUUCUAAUUAUGACCAAAUUGAUUGAAGGCUAUAAUUAACAAAGUUUUCUUCUAGCAUAGAAGAACACAACUGAAUCGCUGAUAAUCUUCUACGGAAACAAUGACUCCCAACGCCCAAGUGAGGAUGGAAAUUGGAAACGAUGACAUUGCUGUUAUCAGUAUUUGCAAUCCUCCAGUUAAUGCAUUGACAGUUUCAGUGAUAGCUGGCUUAAAAGAACAAUAUCAAGAGGCAAUAAAACGAAGCGAUGUCAAAGCUAUUGUUUUGACUGGGGAUGGUAAAUUUUGUGGUGGUCUUGACAUCAACAUAGUUCAGAAUGUUCAAAAGAACGGGGAUAUCUCACUUCUACCGGAUGCAUCAGUUGAUCUUGUGAUUGACACAAUUGAAAAUGGCAAGAAGCCUUCUGUUGCUGCCAUUCAAGGAUUUGCCCUUGGUGGUGGCUUGGAAUUGGCCAUGGGGUGCAGUGCUAGAAUUGCAACGUCGAGGGCUGAGCUUGGCCUACCUGAACUGAAACUUGGAAUUAUUCCUGGUUGUGGCGGCACUCAGCGUCUUCCAAGGCUCGUUGGGACAUCAAAGGCCGUUGAUAUGUUGAUGUCAUCCAAGAUCAUUACUUCUGAAGAAGGGAAGGAGUUGGGACUUAUCAAUGAUGUGGUAUCUUCCGAAGACCUCUUAACAGUUUCUCGUCUCUGGGCAUUAGAUAUUGCAGAAGGACGGCAAGCCCGUAUUAAUACACUUCAAAGGACAGAUAAAAUUGAACCUAUACGCGAGUCAUCUGCUAUCCUGGAAACUGCUAGGCAAAAGGUUUUGAAGACAUCUCCAAGUAUGCCUCAUUAUAAAGCCUGCCUCGAUGUGAUUGAAGAGGGCAUCAUUUCUGGAGGUUAUGCUGGAGUUUUGAAGGAGGAGAAGGUUUUAAGAGAAUUAAUCCUCUCAAAAUCUGCUAGAGCUCUGCUUCAUGUAUAUUUUGCUGAACGAGCAACAUCAAAGGUACCAGGCAUUACUGACUGUCAGCUUAAACACCGGAAGAUAGAGAAGGUUGCUGUUAUAGGUGGUGGUUUAAUGGGCUCUGGUAUUGCCACAGCUCUUAUACGCAGUUCUGUACAAGUCAUUCUGAAAGAAAUCGACUACGACUGUCUGCAAAAAUCACUUAAAUCAGUAGAAGUGAAUCUCCAAAGCCUGGUAAAAGGAGGACAUUUGGUAGAAGAGAAAAUGAAGAAAGCUUUUUCCCUUCUCAAAGGUGUUGUAGACUAUGAAGAAUUCAGAGAUGUAGACAUGGUCAUCGAGGCGGUAAAUGAGGACACGUUGUUGAAACAAUCAAUUUUUGAAGAAAUUGAGAAGAUCUGUCCGCCUCACUGCAUCUUGGCGUCAAAUACAUCAACCAUUGAUCUUAAUGUGAUUGGAGCAAGGACGAAAGCUCAGGAUCGCAUUGUGGGCACACAUUUAUUCAGCCCUGCUCAUGUGAUGCCGCUCUUGGAAAUUGUACAAACGGAAAAUACCUCUAAACAAGCAAUACUAGACGUUCUUAAAUUUGCUAAGAUCAUCCAAAAGGUUCCUAUAGUGGUAAAAAACUGCACUGGUUUUGCUGUCAACCGGACAUUUUUCCCAUACAUGCAAGGAGCUGACAUGUUGGCAAAUCUUGGGGUUGAUGUUUUCAGAGUCGAUCGAGUAAUCACUGAAUUUGGCAUGCGAAUUGGACCUUUUCAGCUUUUGGACUUGUCUGGAUAUAAUGUAUUUCUGGCAGUAGUCAAGGGGUUUGCUGUAGCAUUUCCAGAUCGCAGUUUCCAGUCUCCAUUACUUCAGCUUAUGAUGGAAAAUGGCCAUACAGGCAAGAAGGACGGAAGAGGCUACUACUUAUACCAGAAGGGAAAGAGUCCUGAACCCAAUCCGUCCGUGCUGAAAGUAGUUGAAGAGUGCAGGAGACUUGUGAGCAUUAUACCUGGGGGAGAGCCAAUAUCUGUGAUGGACCAAGAAAUAGUGGAAAUGCUCUUCUUUCCUGUGGUUAAUGAGGGGUACCGAGUUAUUGAGGAAGGAGUUGUUCAGAGAGCAUCAGACCUUGAUAUUGCUUCGGUCCACGGGAUGAAAUUCCCUUCAGAGAGGGGUGGUAUCAUGUAUUGGGCAGAUUCAAUUGGAGCAGAAUACAUAUAUAAACGUCUGAAAAGUUGGUCAGAAGCAUAUGGUAACUUUUUCAAGCCAUCACUAUUCUUGGAAGAAAGGGCUACCAAAGGCAUACCAUUGGGAGCUCACCCAUAGGGAUAGAGAGAGAGAUCUUGAAAGCAGCAGCAUUGGUGUUUAGUUUAUCGUAUUUCUUAUAACUAGUCUUAAGGUACGCGCGUUGCGCAUGUACCCUAUACUGAUGAAUAACUUUUUUUUUUUUUGAAAAGAGUUUAAAUUCUUAAGAAUAACGAAUGUUAGUCCUAUUCAGUUAAGUGUAUAAUAAUCUUUUGUAUCUCUUUGGUAUAAUUAAUUUUUUUGUCAUGAAAUCAGAAACUCAUAGUUGCUGAUUGUCUUUGUUGCUUAAUUGGAGAAAAGAAUGGUGAUUCAGACUUC